CGCGGGGCUGCAUUCAGUCAGACGCUGGAGAACCUCUUGUAAGUUCGCUCAUGUCCUUGCAGUCUGAGUCUUCAGUCACGAUCCGAACUCGUCGCUUCAUGACGAACCGGUUGCUCAACCGGCGUCAGAUGAUCGUUGAGAUCGUCCACCCAAACCGGCCGACAGUUUCGAAGCAAGAGGUCCGAGAACAGCUCGCCAAGGUGUAUAAGACGACUCCCGAUGUGAUCUUCUGUUUCGGCUUCAGAACCAACUUCGGAGGUGGCAAGACAGUAGGGUUCGCUCUUAUCUACGACACCCUCGACUACGCCAAGAAAAUCGAACCUAAAUACAGGCUCGCCCGUCAGAACCUUGGCCCGAAGGGACGAACUGGACGCAAGCAGCGUAAGGAGAGGAAGAACAGAAUGAAGAAGGUCCGUGGUAUCGCCAAGAAGAAGGUCGGAGCCGCUGCUGGCAAAAAGGUUCGUUGACAUUGAAUGGACUUCUAUCUCGAGGGUCUCUCUACAAGAGGAGUACCGUCUCCUGUUCAGGACUUGGAUCCUCCUGUCGAACCUCACCGUCAUUAAUGACCUGAGGAUGAACGUUAG